AGCACUUGUCUUUUCUUACUGGAGCUCCCAUCAGCCAAUCAGAAGACGGUUUCGCUGCUUUGUCAUCAGCCUCUGAUUGAGGAAGACUCUGUUUGCUUGCUCUGUUUGUAGAAGCUUGAUAAAAUGCCAGGUCUCUGCAGCCUCUGGGGUGAGCCCCAGUUCUCUAUGAUGUGAUCGAUCACGCUUCAUCCUCAUUAAUACAAUACGCUGGCUUCAGGAGCAAGAGAGCGACUGCCGUUUCCUUGACAUUCCUCCUUUGGUGGUCUUUCUGUGGGCAAGGGGAUUGUAAGAGAGCCCUGUUAGACAUACUCUCGCUGGAGCUUUCUUAUCCCACAUUUGCAUUUGAUCAUUAAGGUGGUCCCUUGGGAAUAUCAGACCUCCAUGUACGACAAUUUGUACCUUCAUGGAUUCGAAGACUCGGAGGCGGGUUCCGCCGAUUCCUACACUAGCAGACCGUCUGACUCGGAUGUCUCUCUGGACGAGGAGCAGGGCGGCAGGCAGGAGAAAGAACAGCAGGCCACCGUUCAGCUGGAGAGGGCAAAGGCCAAGGCAGUGGCCUUCGCUGUGAGAACAAACGUCAGCUACUGUGGUGCCCUAGAUGAGGAUGUCCCUGUCGCUGGCACUGCCAUUUCCUUUGAUGCAAAAGACUUCCUUCACAUCAAGGAGAAGUACAACAAUGACUGGUGGAUUGGGCGACUGGUGAAGGAAGGUUGUGAUAUCGGUUUCAUCCCCAGUCCCUUAAAACUGGAGAACAUUCGCUUACAGCAGGAGCAAAAAAGGGGCCGCUUCCACGGGAAGUCCAGUGGAAACUCCUCCUCCAGUCUGGGUGAAAUGGUGUCAGGUAGCUUCAAGCCCAACCCUGCUUCUGCAGGUAAACAGAAACAGAAAGUGGCCGAGCACAUUCCUCCAUACGAUGUGGUCCCUUCCAUGAGGCCGGUGGUCUUAGUUGGCCCAUCACUUAAAGGAUAUGAGGUGACAGAUAUGAUGCAGAAAGCACUAUUUGACUUCCUGAAACACAGGUUUGAAGGCAGGAUAUCAAUCACAAGAGUAACUGCAGAUAUCUCUUUAGCCAAGAGAUCUGUGCUGAAUAACCCUAGUAAGAGAGCCAUCAUUGAGAGAUCCAACACCAGAUCCAACCUGGCGGAGGUUCAGAGUGAGAUUGAGCGAAUCUUUGAAUUGGCAAGAUCCCUUCAGCUGGUUGUGCUGGAUGCCGACACGAUCAACCAUCCAGCCCAGCUCAUCAAGACUUCUUUAGCUCCCAUUAUUGUCCAUGUCAAAGUGUCUUCUCCCAAGGUAUUGCAACGGCUGAUCAAAUCACGUGGGAAGUCUCAAAGCAAGCAUUUAAAUGUACAACUGGUGGCGGCAGACAAAUUAGCUCAGUGUCCUCCAGAAAUGUUUGAUGUCAUUUUGGAUGAGAACCAGCUCGAGGAUGCAUGUGAACAUCUGGCUGAAUUUCUGGAGGCCUACUGGCGCGCAACUCACACUUCCCUCAGCACCCCACUAAACCCUCUGCUGGGCCGCAACCUGGGCUCCACUGUGCUCUCACCGUACCCCACAGCCAUCACAGGACUACAGAGUCAAAGAAAUAAAAACAGCAAUCACAUCAGCGACAACUCUCCAAUGGAGCGACACAGCUUGAUGACUUCCGAUGAGAACUACCACAACAACGAGCGGCAAAAGAAGAGUAAUAACCGCCUGUCCUCCAGCUCCCAGCAAAGUCGAGACCACUACCCUCUUGUAGAGGAGGACUACCAUGAUCCCUAUCAAGACGCAUACAAACCUCACCGCAACCGGGGCUCCCCUGGGGGCUACAGUAACGACUCGCGGCAUAGACUCUGAACAUCCAAACCAGUACAGCCAGAGCUAUGAGAUAUCUCUCAUGUAAUUGUGUUAGCUCUCUCUGAAAAUGCAGUGCAUUGCGU